AUGGCUCCUGACAACGACGACUCGGAUGCGCAAUCGCCAGAAGCCACGUCCUCUGUGCGGAGGAGAUCACCGCCGCCAGGAUCCAACCCGCCAAGAUCAAAGCGCGCCAAGUAUGCGGCAGCCGCUUGUUCCGAAUGUAAGAAGCGAAAGCUCAAGUGCGUGAGAGAAGAAAACGAGGAGGAAUGCCGAAGAUGCAUGACGAGCGGCGUGCAGUGCGUCUUCGGGGCGGCUCCCUCUCAGGAUGGCAGCACUGCCCCGCGAGAAAGGCCUCGGGCUUCUCGGAGGUCUGCAAGAAGCAGCUUACCGAACGAUGUAAUCAUGGAUGAGAUAUCCAUGCUGAGAGAGCAGGUGGCUAGUCUAGCCAACACCGUAGGCAGACUGGCCUCAGACAAAUCCCGCCAAACAUCCUCCAACUCCCCCAGCUCGCAACGCCACAUGUCGAUACAUGACACUUCAUCGCCGCAAGUACAAGAGCCGAAGCAGCCGCAAUUCGUCGGCCCGACGAGAUCCGCCUUUAGCUUGAAAGUCGCCGAGACAUCACUCACGAGAAUGGGUAUUUCGGCGCAGACCCCGCUCCCAUCCGGUGUAUGCGAGUCGCUGGCACCCACCCGCUACCCGACGCCUGAACAGUCCGAGCCAGCACUUUCAGUUCCUGGAACAGAUGUGCUUCUUACCAUGCCUCUGGAUGAGGUUGUGAGAUUAUUAGAAGUUUUCCAGGAAGAGGUAGAGACGGUGUACCCUUUUCUCGAUACCGGAGAACUAGUCUCAAAGGCUGCGGAGAUUAGGUCUUUCGUCGAAGACUCCCCAGAUCGCCCGGCAACAGCUGGAUCGCCGGCUGUGGAUAUCAAAGAUGUCAUUUUAGCGAAAGUCGCCAUCGCCACGAGCAUUGUGGUCGAAGCCCACGGCAAGAACCACGCCAGCAAUAAGCUCGUAGAGCCACUGAAACAUCUCGUGUAUCAGCUAUCGAUCGACGCCCAGGCUGAUCUGAAGGUCAUCCAGAUCAUGACCAUGAUUAGCAUUUACUACUUCUUCUCUGACGAAGAGCUCCUUGCGUGGAGGAACAUUGGUAUCGCGGCUCGAGCGGCACUGGAAAUGGGCCUGCAUCAGAAUCUAAGUCUUGUCGAGAACUUUCCAGACGAGCGAGAACGAGGUUUGGCAGUGCGGGUAUUUUGGUGCGUUUAUGUGCUGGAUCGUCGGUGGAGUUUCGGGACGAGUCUGUCUUUUGCUCUCAUCGAUCGAGACAUAGAUCCGGACUUGCCUGAGCCACCUGACGAGUUCCCUUACCUUCGAUGCUUAAUUGGUUACGGCCGACUAUGCUCGAAAGCCUGGGACGCUUUGCCGCCAUUCAGCGCACCAUCUCAAAUCAUCCCAAAGGAUACGGUCGCAUUCCUUGACUUCACUGCUCAGAAUUGGUCAAACUCAAUACCCGAUGACCUGCAACUCCGCCAUCCCCUACACCGGGGUACGGCUGGUACACAGCCACCCCGAGCAUUGCGACGACUACAGGCUCUGCUGUACCUGCGAGGUAACCAUAUCCGCACGUUGAUACACCGGCACCACGUGAUAAGCUCCGCCAGCAUCGAAGCCGAUCCGCAAAAGGCUCGUCUUGUGGUCGAUAUUGCCAUCGAUAGUAUAUCCGUCCUAGUCCACUUGAGCGAGACGAGUGAUAUAUAUGUGCGCCAGCAGAGCGCAUUCAACUACUUCCUCCUCAGCGCAGUUGCGGUUCUGUUUCUGGCAGCUUUUCUCGCCAAGGAACUGCCAGCAGGAGGCUAUGGAAGAGCAUUCGCGGGCUGCUACCCCUUGCUCAACGGAUCGGUUUGA